AUGAGCUUCACUAACAUUAAGAACCUGGAAAAUAUUGGCCUUCAAAAAAUAUGCAUUGAUUCUUCUGGGACCAAUAAGGAACAUGUUUAUGUUUGCGACGCGGAGAGAAAUGUUCUGAGAUUCGAUAAGAAGUCGUUACUGUCUGACGAAAAGCCAACAAUUAUCGAAAUUCCUGAUGCAACCACGUCUUCUAUCACAUGGUAUGGAGAAAACAUUUGUUUCGGGUACCGAAAAGUGGAUUUCAUUAUGGGAUCUGAACAACAAAUGGUUGGAAGAGCAAAAAACGGAAACUUCGACGAAGCCGAGAUUUCUGGUCCACUCGAGUUUCAAAUGGAUGUUACGGCUGUAGAUGCAAACGAGGAGAACGUUGUUGGAGGGUCCAGUGACUAUGCCGUAAAAUGCAUCAGCUUGAAGGACGCUGAUGCUGAGUUGAAAACAAGAAGCCUUGAGGCGGAAGUGUUAUGCGUCAAGCUCGAUCCCAGGAAUGAGUUCAUCGCAGUCUCUACAGUUGAUGGGAUCGUUACCAUUAUUGACAUUGAAUCUUUUUCGAUUGUACACACCAUUACUAACGCAUUUCCGAAAUUCGAAACAAUUGAUGUGUCCAAGCCCCGCAUCGAGAUGUCGUGGUCUAAGAAUGGUAAUUGGUUAUUCGUUCCAUCCAAAGACUGCAUCAAGUCAUAUGGACGCAACGGUUGGCAAGCGGCUGGAUCCUAUUGGCUGAAAGAUCGUGUCUCCACGACUUUCUCCGUAUCGGCUGUAUCCGCGUGUGGAAAGUACCUGGCCGGCUCAACUAUGGACAACCAUGUUGCAGUUUGGGACUGUUCCGAUUUAGAGCUUCUAAGUGAUAACCAGUUCAAACGAAAUGCUCCUGGUGUCACUAUCAUCACCUCAAUCGAAUUCUCUCCAUUCUCACAGAACCAAUUGAUUAUUGCUGAUUCAAAUCGGGGGAUUUGCGUGCUAAACACAUCCGGAGGAGAUACUGACGGGUUUUCUACAGAUAAAUUGGAUCAAGGAGUAACAGCAAAUGAGAGUGAUGACGAUGAUGAUUCAAUCAUUUUGAACAGAACCGCAUUGAAAAAGGAUUCUUUAUUCAAUGACGAAGCUAUGGACGAUGAAGAUGAGGAAACUCGAUUGUCUUCUGACAUUGGUGCCAUCAAGCGACAGUACAACUUCGAAAAUCAAGACAUCGGCGGUCUUGAAGAGUUUGGUUUCAAGGUCGGAGAGCCAGAAGAUGUGCGACUAGAUAUGAAACAAGAGAAUACAGUUGACCCAAUGCUAGCGAUGUAUGCAGAACCACCAGCCCCUAGAAAAAUUCUCAUUCCGGAACGAUUCGUGUGCAAUAGUUCGCCAGUUGAUCCAAAUGCAACGCAACGGUUUCUGAAAUAUAAUCGAGCUGGAAUCGUUCGCAGUUAUGUUAAUGAAGCGAAUAAAGUUUCAACCAUUGAUAUUGAAUUCCACGACAAAAAUAUUCAUGGUGAUAUUCACAUUGAUAACUUCGACUUGGAAUACGAGCUCGCUGAUAUUGCAUUGAAAGUCGUUGCAUUGGCUAGUCUUGAAAGUAGAAGGAAAGAGAAGGAUCUUGACAAGUUGAACGAUGAAAUCGAGGAUCUAGAAACAGAUGCGGAUGUGAAAGAGAAGAAAGGAACGAGUGUCCUCCAUGUCAUUCCAAUUCAAGCAUUCGAUAGUCAACGGUGGUCUAUGACCUUACCUCGUGGAGAUGGUUGUGUCGAUGUUCUUUGUUCCAGUAGUCAAGUCGUCGUACUUACGAAGAAACGGAAUAUUCGAGUUUUCACAAUUGGAGGAAUCCAAAGACAAAUUUUCACUCAUUCGUCUCCCAUUCUCACUGCUGCUUGUUUCGAAAAUCGAGUGGCUAUCGCGUCGGUCUCUGGAUCUGAAUUUUACGAACAGAAGAAAACGCCACAAUGGAAAUUCGAAGUUGUGGAGUAUUCCCUCGAUCAGAAAAGCUGGUAUAAGGAAUCUAGAACAAAUGGCACCACAGGAGCUGUUACACGAAUGGACAUUCCAGUCGAAACGGGUGAACAACUUGACUGGUUAUCUUAUUCAAACCAAGGAAAACUGGCUAUCAUGGACUCGGCGUGCAACGUUCAUGUUCUGUCUGCUCCGGGUUUGUGGGUCCCAGUUUUCCAAGGCUCUUCUAUUCUUCGCAAUCCAUCUGAUGGAAUAUUCCCCAUUGUCAUGACUACAAAAGAAUUCCGCUACAUCUACUGUCGUGGUUCUAAAUAUCCAAUUGUCAACGGAGUGAACGCACCAACCACAACCGAAUGGAAAGUACCAUUCUGUCAACCCGAGAGUGUCAGAACCGAAAUGGAACAUAAUUUAUUCCUCAACGAACUAUCACUCGCAGAUGCUAUUCUGGAACGUAAUGAAGAUCGAAGCAGUGAUGAGACAAAAAAGUUGACGGCAACAAUUGUGAAGCUCUUUGCUUUGCUGACCAAGACAAAUUCAGAUGGCCAAGCGGCAGAGGUUGCCGCGCUCGUCUCCUCAGGUUCUUCGAAAACGAUACAGAGCUUGUGCAACUAUGCCAGCAAGUGUAAGAAGGUGGCUCUCGCUGAAAAGGUCGCUGAAAUCGGACGGCAAAUGACCGAAGUCGACGAUGACCGCAAAGCGGUAGAAGAGAUUCGGCCGACAAAGAGAAUCGCGUUGGCUCCUAGGAAGUUGCGCAAGGCUCCAAGCCCAUUAGAAGAGGAGGAAGACAGAGAUGAGGAGGGAAACGAUGACAACCGAGAAGAUAUUUCAUCUCGAUACAACUCAAAUUUGGAUAUCUCCAUUUCAUCACAGCCAGUUCAACCAUUGGAAAGACUUGCGAAAAAUCCAUUUGCGAAAGGUACUGAAAAGUCAUUUGGAAUUGAGUCAACGUCUUCAACACAAGCAUCGAUGUCUAUUUUCGAUCAACUAGAGACAGUUUCAACCGACCAACGGAAGCGUACUCGUGAGAAUGAACCGGCUGCUAUUUCUUCUAACCCUACAGCACGCAAGCAGGCUAAACUGAAAUUUGGUUCCAGCGUUACCCCCUCAGAUGAACAAAAAGUAAUCAAGCCAAAGCAAGUGAGCGAGAAGCUUCACAAAUCGAAUGAAAAGGAAAAUGGGGUUGGUUCCCAAAACGAUGUAGAGGAACCGCGAAAGAAAACUGUGAGCCCAUACGAAAUGUGGUUGGCUGAAACGAAGAGUAAUCUGCAAUUCGAGUAUGAGGGAGAAGAAGCCGAUUUUUCAAAGUACUGUAUUCAAACGUUCCGCGCACUUAGUAAGGAUCAGAAGGAAGAAUGGAAGGCAAAAGCCAUAGCUGUCGCUCAAAACUAA